GAAACCUUCGUUUUCGUCUAGCACCCAGCCAUCAGGAAUGGAUAGGACGUGCUUGAAUCAUUCGAUAGGCGGUGGUGUUUGGCGAAUAGGCAUAUCUUAUGGUUCCGGUUCGUAGUGCAGAUGCAUUGAUUCGGACGCGCGUGAAGCAGUUUCGAUUACGUAAUGGCGUCAGGCGGAUGAGCCUUGUCAGGAGGUUCCUCCUGACAGGCAUUUCUGUCAUAGAAUCGCUGCGAAUCUUCUAUGCAGUCCAGCUCAGGGAAAAACGGGCGACGCUCCCGGUUGCUCAGGGUCUAGAAUUUCUGUUAUAGAAUCCCUGCGAAUCUUCUGUGCAGAAUUUCUUCAGGCCUGCGUCGAGCACCCAGCCUUCAACAGUGGACAGGACGUGCUCCAAACGAGUGAUCUCGUCAGGCGGCGAUGGCUUUUGGAUUGUCGUUUUCGACCGUUCCGAUUUCGUAAUGUAAACGCACUGAUCCGGACGCGUUUUAAGCGGUUUCGAGUUCCACAAUGGCGUCCGGCGGAGGAGGAAGCGGGAACAGCAGGCCAUUAGCGUUCUUAGAAGACAUGAAUCUCCCCGCGCCGGAAGCGGCGGAGGAAGACCGCGGUGGAGCAUUUCCCGCGCAUCCGCUUCCGCAGGCAGCUGUUUCCGCAGUUUCCGCCGCUUCCCCAGCUGGUUCCGCGCAGGCUAUGACCAUUCCGCCAUCCGCGCAAACUCCGCUUGCGCCGGCGCCGUUCUCCGCGCAGCCUCCCCCGUCCCUCGUCGCGCCCUAUCCCGUGCGACCGUCCGCGUAUCCCGCAUCAGCAGCCACCCCGCUGCUUUCCAUCCCCGCGUCCUUUCCGCCCGCUUAUUCCGCCCAAUCCGCUUCCGCUGGUUCCGCUCUCCCCUCUUCCGCGCUCUCCGCUUCCGCCAGCUCCGCGGCAGCGCUAAAUGCCGCUGGUGCUGGCGCUGGACCGAUGCAGUCACAGCAGCAGCAGCAGCUGUUUCCACAGCAGCAGGUCCAACAGCAGCAGCCGUUGCAGCAGCAGCAGAUGCAGUCAGGUCAGCUGGUAUUUCAGCAGCAGCCGCCGCAGUUUCAGGCGCAAUAUCAGGGAGGGUCGAUGCAGUUCCAGCAGCAGCCGCAGCAACAACAGCAGCAGUCGCAGCAGCAGCAGCCGCAGUUUUUCCCACAGCCGAGCCAGUACCAACAGCAACAGCAGGCCCCGCAGUAUCAGCAGCAGCCGCCGCCGCUGCAGCAGCAGCAACAGCAAUUUCUGCAGGCACCAUACCAGCAACAGCUACCACAGCAGCAAUCACAGCCGCUGCAGUCACAGCAGGUGCAGCAGCAGCAGCAGCAGCAGCAGCAGCAGCAGCAGCAGCAGCAGGGCGGAGCCUUAUGGGCCGGCACCUCAGGACAAGGAAGCACUGUGGCACUGGGCGGCCAAGGCACCAUACCCAUGUUAGGUCAAGGCACGGUACCCUUGUUAGGGCACAGUGUAUCCGGUAUGUCUGGCAUGUCUGGUGUGUCUGGUAUGUCUGGUAUGAGGCCCAUCCCCAUGCUAGGCGGCCAACUGCUCCCCCAGCCUGCUCACCCUCCCCUGCGGCCCUCCCCGUUCCCUCAAGGGGGAACUCCCGUGCCAAGCCAAGUGCCGAACCAGCUGCCGAGCCUAGCGCCGAGCCAAGCGCCGAGCCAGCCCAUGGCUCACCAGCAGUAUGCCCCUGUGGUAGGCCAAUCAGGGCAGUCCACGUCAGCAGGCCAGUCCAUGGCAAUUCCUCUUCUAGGGCAAGGGCUGGUCGCUCUUCAUCCUCAGGGCACUGUGGCAACAGGUCCCACAGGUGCUAGCUCUGGGGUAGGCAUGCACGGAGGAGGAGCAUUUGCGCCGGCCCCUCCCUCAGCUGCUACUACUGCCACUCUUCUCUGCAUGCCUUCUGCUGCUGUACCAGGAGCAGCAGCAGCAGCAGCAGCAGCAGCAGCAGCACCACACCAGCAGCAGCAGCAGCACUCCCUCUCCUCGCCCACCCCCAUGGCUGCAACUGCUGCUGGUACGACGGCCACUUCUGCUGCUGCUGCUGCUGCUGCCCUGACUGGUAACCCUGUUACAUCCCCACCUGCUACAGCUCCUCUCACGAGUCCAACUGUAGCAGCUGCUACAGCCCCCCUUGCAUUUGGUCCUGCUGCGCCUGUCCCUCAUACGACCCCUGGUUUUGCCGCUGGGAUGGGAGGAGGGGUACGAGCCCCCAUGGGGCUGGUCCUGCCGCCACAAUAUGGCGCUCCUUUGAAUACCGCGCCUCAGUAUAGCGUCCCCUUGGGUGCCGCGCAUCACCAUAACGCCCCCUUGGGGGCUGCGCUUCAUUCCAACAACAUAGCCAUGUCUGCAUCAUUCUCUCCUGUGACCUCAGCACCGCAGUAUACUGCUGCUGCGGGAGCAGGUCCCUCUAUGGGGGGCUCAAACCCCGUGCUCUCAAGCAUGCAGGCCGCGCCUCACCCCAUGCACCAUUCGACUGCAUCCCCCCAGACCAUGGGUCACUUGGGCGCAUCUCAUGCCCACCCCAUGCCCACAGGGGUUGCUCCUGGCCCGCAUUUGCUCUCCAUGCCACCAGUGACCCAUGCCAUGCCGGCCAUGCCUGCCUCUCACCCGACCCUCAUGGGAGGGGUAGCCCCUGCUGCUGCCCUGCCUCCUCCCGCUCCUCUCUCUGCAGCCACCGCUGCUGCUGCUGCUGCUGCUGCUGCUACUGGUGGUGGCGUGUCAGCAGCAGGAGUAGCAGUUGAUGAUGCUGCUGGUGCUGGUGGUGGCGUGUCUAGUGGUGGAGGAGGGGGCGGUGGGGGUGGGGGUGGUGGUGGCGGCGGGUUUGGGUUUGAGCUGGAUCUGAAUGCGCCAGUGGAUGAUACCGAAACCGAAACUGAAGGCAGUAAUGAUGGCGCUGGUGCCAGCUGGGGCGGACAGAGUGGGGCCCACUCCGACGCAGCACAGGGACCUGCUGACUCAGCACAAGGCCCAGCCGACUCAGCUCGGGAUCACAGCAUGGCGACUGAUGCAGGUGGCGCCUUUUCAGGCGAUGGGGGUUACAGGGCUGCAGGGGGGGGGAGCGGGAUGCGAGAGCAGGAUUUGGGGAAGGUUUCAGCUUUUGAGUUGACUCAAAAGGUUUCAACUGGUCAUCGGAGAGACUUCCUUCAAGAUUUGAACAUGAUGCAGGAAGAGGGGCUGCAGGAGGAGCAGCAGGGGGAGCAGGAGGGGCAGCAGGGACUGGAGGGGCAGGGGGGACAGCAAGCGUUGGAAGGUAUGGCUGAUGCUGCUGAUGUUGAUGGUGCUGCUGCUGCUGUUGAUGGUGCUGCUGCCAGUGGUGCUGCUGGUGGUGGUGCUGCUGGUGCUGCUGAUGGUGGUGGUGCUGGUGGUGGUGGUGGUGCUGGUGGUGGUGCUGGUAGUGUUGAUGCUGGUGGUGCUGCUGCUGGUGCUGGUAGUGUUGAUGCUGCUGGUGCUGAUGGUGGUGCUGAUGCUGGUGCUGAUGCUGGUGCUGAUGCUGGUGCUGUUGCUGCUGCUGCCUCUGGUGAAGCAAAUGUUGGUGCACCUUCCUCGGCUGCUGUUCCUCCUGCUCUUACCCUGGCCACUGCUGCAGCUGCAUGUCCUGCUCCCAUUGCUCCGUCCGCUGCCUCUCCUCCCGAUCCUCUCUCUCCUCCUCGUGUUGCUGCCGCUGGAGCUGCUUCCACUGAUAAGGUCGGGGCCGAUUCGGGGGCACAGGGGUUUUCCUCGGCAUCUGCUGCUGUUGCUGCUGCUGAUGCCGCCCUUGCUGCUGCUGCUCUCGCUGCUCCUGAUCCUGCCACUCCUGCUGCUGCUGCUGCUGCUGCUGCUGGUGCUGCUGCUGCUGCUAAAGUCUCUGCUGCUGAUGCUCCUGUUCCUGGUCAAGCUCUUGCUGCUGCUGCUGGUAUUCCUGCUCCUGUUGCUAAGAAUCCUUCUCCCCCUGCUGCUGCGGCUGCUGCUGUGGCUUCUGCCCCUGCUGCUGCUGCUGCUGCUGGCGCCUCUGCGCCUGCUUCUUCAGUCGGAAAAGAGGCGGCGGCAGUGAAGAGAGAGGGGAGUAGCGGCAGGGACGAGGGCAGGGGCAGGGGGGAGGUGGGAGAGGAGAGAGAACGGGAGGAGGAGGAGGAGUUGGGAGCGGCGAUUGUGGGAAGGCAUCUGACGGCGCUGCCCCCUUUCAGCAAGGCGGAAGGCCUGGACCUCCUGGAGCUCGUGUGGUCGGCCCAUGCCCGCAAGGACCUCCCUUCCCUAGACGCCAUUCUCACUCAGACUGUGGCUCUCUGCCAUCGCAACAUGGCCUUCCACGCCGCUGCUGUCUCUGCGGGGCCCUCCUCGCUCUCCCUCGCCCACGCCUCCCCUGCUGCUACUGCUGCUGCUCUCGCCUCGGCGCGCUACUACUACUGCUCGCUCGCGUUCGUUUCCAAGAAGAUUCCGGAGGUCUUUGCCCUGCUACGCACGAGAGAGGCGCUCAUAGCUGUGCUUAUGGCACCAGAUGCAGAUGACACAGGCGCAGGAGGAGGGGGCGGAGGGGGAGGAGGAGGAGGAGGAGGAGGGGGAGCAGGAGGGGAGAAGGCAUUACGGAAGGCCACUCCGGUGCUGCUGCAGGCCCUUGCAUGCCGCCUCCUGCUGCGCGCCUUCGCUGCCCGCCCCCACUGGCCUAUCGCCUUCCUGGAGGCCUAUUUGAGUGACGGUUGUGGCCCGCGGCACUGGGUUGACCUGGACACCUGCCGCGACUUCGUCUCUGCCAUCGGCGCCUGCCUGCCACACUCCCUCGUCGCUCCUCCCCCCGCCCUGCUCCGUCCUCCCGUUGCUGCCCCACCUGUGGCUGCUGCUGCUGCUGCUGGUGGAAGCGGCGUGGCUUCGCUUGCGGGCGCUAGUCUUUCGGCAGCAGCAGGUGCUGAUUCGGCAGCUGCAGGGGGGAAAGGGGCGAGGGGGAGGGCAGGGGCUGUGCCGCCGCGUUCCCCUGCUGCCAGCACCAGCAGUCUUGGCGGGGGGAGUAUCAGCGGCGGUUCCGGGGCAAAGAAAGGGGCGUCAGACACUGCCACGUCAUCAGAGAGGCUCGGAAGCGCCAGCUUGGACCGGUUUGGUGGCUCGGCAGCCGAGGCUGAGAUGGAGCGGCUGUUUGUGGGCAGCAUGCACAGGAUGGUCAGCUCUGGGAGCAGCAGGGAGAAUCCGAGGCACCUGAUAAGGCUGCUCAUGCUGGGAGCGGGCUACCCUUUGGUGCGAGUGCAGGCCGCAUCCCUACUCCCCCCCUGGCUCUCCUCCACGGUGCAUGGGCGCUCAGCCAAGCUGCUGCUGGAGCGGGUGAUAGCGCUCACUCGGGGUACCACGGCUGCUGAUCUCCGCACCCUGGAGCACCUGUUGAGCAUCAAGGUGAAGGGGUCGCAUGGAGCCAGCUCGCUGCCAUGCGAGAUUGCGGCUCAAGUCGUCAACAUCCGCCCCGAAUACGCUGUCUUCGUUAUCAAGACCCUUCUGCUGUGGGAGGUCCGCAAGGAAUCGCCCCACAACAUGCGCGUGCUCGCAGCAGCAGCAGGAGGCAGGGAGAGGGCGGAAGGGAAGGAGAGGACGUGGAGGGUGUAUCCUGAGAUUGAGAUUGGUAGAGUGCUGCAGGAGUUUUCCCUGGACCCCUCUCUGAACCCGCACCUCCCAUCUCUCGCCACCAAAAUCCUCCGCACGCUCUCCGCCUACAUCAACCCCCUGCACCUGUGCCGGCAGCUCUUCCAGCCGCUGCCGCCCGCAGCGAGGGCCCUCCCAGAGCACAUCCUCGUUUCGGCAUAUUGCCGGCUGGCGUCGCUUGUCCGCACUCUGCUGCUGCUGCACCUCUCUGCGACCGCCGCCGCCGCUGCUGGUGCUGCUGGUGCUGCUGCAGCCUCUGCUGGUGAAUUUGCUUCUGCACAGCGUGAUGCCACUGCUGCCACAGACCAUGGUUCCAUGCAUGCUCGAGCACAUGGGCAUGGGCAUGCGCACAAGCAUGGCCAUGGGCCUGGUCAGGGAGAUGCGGCAGAAACGAAGAGGGAGAGGAGAGAGGGAGGAGAACAGGGGGGUGAGGGGGGGAAGCAGAACGAGCUGUUGACCAAGGCUCUGUUUGACGCAGCCUGUGUGCAGACGGAGGCAGUGACCUGGUGUGCCACAGUGGUAGCCGCAGACUGCAGCAGUCUCUGCCCCUCGCACCUGGCCUUGGCACCUCCUGCUCCUCAGCAGCAGCAGCAGCAACUGCAGCAGCAGCAGCAGCAGCAGGGAGUGAAGAAGGAAGGAGGGAUGGUGGACUUGUCAGCAGCAGGAGCAGGGGGGGUGGGGGAGGCAGGAGCAGCAUCCACUCAGAAGACUGGGGUUACCAUUUUCGAUCUGCUCCGCUGCGUGCUGUUCUUUCACCCCAUCCCGUCCCCGGGGCCGGGCCAGGAUGCAGCGAUGGACAUGCUCCUGCACCUGCUGGUGCGAGCAGCUACAGUGCCCUCCCUCUGGGCGGGCAGCCUUGUCGUCUCUGGCCCUCAGCUCUCAGCAGCGAUAUUCAAGCUGGCUUCAGUGGUAUUACCGCGCCCGCUGCUCCUCCUCCACCCGCCUCCCCCCAAGCUGGUGUCGGCCCGCCGCUUCUGGCAGGCGUGCUGCGCCAUUGUGCUCAUCACUGCCCUCUCCUCCUCCCCUCCCUCGCCUCCUCCUCCCCCCUCCCCUCCUCCUCCUUCCUCCACUCCUCCUCCCCCACCCUCCUCUCCUCCUGAGGCUCCCUCGUCCUCUCACCUGCACUUGAGUGGCGGCGAGGGUGCCGGCUUCCCGUCCAGUCAGUCGCUGACUGCGCGGCGUAUGCUCGAGGCACUCUUCAUGCACCGCGUGCCUCAUGUCGCCGAAUCACAGCACGCCACCUGGAAGAAGCAAGCAGAGCAGGACAGCCAGGCCUCAGACCUCCUGCGCCGUCUGCUUUACCCGUCCCCUUCACCUCCCCUCAAGCAAGAGGAGCAAGAAUCUUCUGGGUUUGGAGAAGGAAUAGGAGGAGCAGGAGGACGAAAUGGAGCAGCGGAAGGAGAGGGUGGGGCGGGCAAAGCGGAGUCAGCAGAGGGGGGAAUGCCGGUGGCCGUACCCCCAUGGUUGGAGGCGGAGAUGGGAGAAGAGCUGCUGCUGCAGGAAGGGGAGGGGGAGGGGGAGGUGGGGAGUGAGGGGAGAGAGGGAGUGGGGCGAUACGUGCCUGAGGCGGUAUGGGAGGUGCUGUGGGAGUGGGACGGAGUGUUUGGCCUUGGAGGGCUUUUAAGACAGGCGUUUGGCGCCUCUGCACUGGAGCGCCUCAUACAAGCACAGGGCGGAGUGGCAGCCUCAUGGCCGUGGCUGCAUGGAUUUCUCUCAGACGACCCUUCAGUUGUGGCCCACCUGGCUCCCAUCACCCAGUGCGAGAUCCUCUACCACCAGUGGAGGAGGGAGGACGCGUCUCUCCCCUCUUCCUCCCCUCCUCCUCUCUCCCGAUCUCACACCGCCCGCACAAUCCAACGGCUGCGAGCUGCUGUUGCGAGAGAGGUAGCAGGGGGAGCAAAUGUUGGAGAGACAAGACAUGCCGAUGACACAGCUGGAGCAGCGGGCACAACAGCGGGCACAGCAGCGGGCACAACAGCGAGCACAGCAGCGAGCACAGCAGCAGGAACAGAAAGUGCAGAUACAGUGGUACAACCACGGAGUGUGGUGCCGCCCUUGGACUCAAGCACCACACUGGGUAUUGUUGGCUUCCUUGCCAGCAAGCUGCCUUCUCGAUUUGAGUCCAAGCGGGGCAGCAGCAGAAGGUGCCUGGCAGAGAUAUUCGUCCCGGACCUGCUGCUGCAAUCACCAGCACCAUCAGCAGCAGCACCGGCAGCAGCAGCAGCACCGGCAGCACCGGCAGCAUCGGCAGGAGUAUCAGAGGGGUGGGAUGCGGUGGGCAUGGGAUGGCUGGAGGUGAUCAACAGGCUCCCAGUGGCGGAGGCUGCUGCUCGUGUGCUGCUGCCAGUAGUGUGUCGGGCUCUCAUGAAAGAAACACAUGUGCCCACAAUCACUGUAUAUAUAUCGUACCUUCAUUACUGGUAUCGCCGACAGCAACAGCAGCAGCAGCAGCAGCAGCAGCAGCACAAGCACUGCGAACAGCAGCAAGCAAAGGAGAAGGGGCUUGAGACAGGGGAGGCAGGCGAGGGAAAUAGGGAUGGGACAGCAGUGAAGGAGGGUGGUGAAGUAGUUACGGCUGGCGAGGAAGGGGCGGGGCAAGGGGCUGAUGAGCAGAGAGGUGUGACCAGAGGCGGGGAGAAGGACCAGGGGAGGGAAAGAGGCGAGGGAGAGGAGAGCGAUGGUGCAGCAGGGGAAGGCUCUAGGAAGGGAGCUGAGGCAAGUAAGGUGGGGGUGGAGGAGGGUACGGAAGAGAAGGGAGGGGAGGAGGGAAGCGAGGAGAAGGGAGUGGCAGGAGGGGAUAUGGAGAACAUGAUGGUGGAGGGAGAGCAUGCGUCGAAGCAGCAGUCAGGCAGAGAGGACGAGGACGAGGAGGGCGAGGAGGCUGAGGAGGCUGAGGAGAAGGAGGAGAAGGAGGAGCACAGUAAAGAGGCAAAAGAAGUGGGGGGCAACGCCCAGCCCCUUGCUCCAACCACCCAAACACCAGCCUUCCCCGCUUCCCUGGACUCCCCUCCAGCCCCCUCCUCUUCAUCUCCUCCCCACCCAUCUCCACCGCUCUCCUCUACUUCCCCUACCCUAACAUCCCCCGCCUCUCCCCCUCUCAACCUCCCCCUCCUCCUGGCGCGUUUCAUCCGCUCCCGCCCCCUCCUAGCCCGCCAGCUGCUCCUCCCCCUUCCGCCCCUCCUCCCCCUCGCUUCUCCCCAUGACUCUGGAAGGAAAGGGGGAGGCGGGGAUGGGGGGAAUGGAAGAGGGGACGAGGAGAUGAAAGAUGGGGAGAGUGAGGGGAGCGAGGGAGAUGGGGGAAGCAUGGAAGAGAGGAGAAUGGGAGGGAGGGCGGGUGAGGAGGAAGAGACGGGGGUGGGUGAGAAGACCGUGGGUAAGAGGCAGAAGGUGGGGAGGGAGGAGAAGGAGGAAGCAGAGGAUGAGGAAAAGGAGGAGGAAGAGGAGGGAAAGGAGGAGGUCCUUGAACGCCCUCCGUGGUCGCCUGUUGGGAGCGAAGGCGAGGAUAAGGAGGAAUAUAUGGAGGAAGGAAAGAAAGAUAUGCAAGAGACUGAGAAGAACGGUGAUGAUGGUGUUGGAGAGAAGGGUGGUGGUGAGGGAGGGGAGAAGGGUGGUGGUGAGGGAGGGGAGAAGGGUGGUGGUGAGGGAGGGGAGAAGGGUGGUGGUGCAGAGGCAAUGGAGGUGGACGGAGAGGCAGUGGUGGGAGAAGGGGCGGGAGAAGGGGACGGUGGGGGAGAGGGGAAAGAAGAGGAGAGGGCGGAAGAGAAGGCAGGUGCAGAUAGUGAGCAGCUGAGAGGAUGGGAAGGAGAGGGGACGGGCUUAUGGCACAUGGUGUGUGUGCUGUGUGAUGUGUUGAGGGGGACGCUGGUGGAAGGGUGGGCAGGGAAGGUCGGCGAGGAAGGGGGAGAGGGUGAGAGGAGGAGGGGUGAGUGGGGAGAGUGGGUUCUCUUUGCGCCUGCUGCAGCAAGCACAGACGGUGCAGAUGCAUCUGAUGCAAAGGAGGAGACUUUUGAUUCGACUCAAAAGUCACCAGACGCAUCUGAUGCAUCAGCUGCAAAGGAGGAAGGGUCUGCUCGUACGCCUGCUGCUCUCCCUCCUCCCGCUCCCUCUGGACUCCUCCUACUGCCCCUAGUGGUUGUGCGAGCAGCUGUGGACGUUAUCUCCCUGCUCUCUUCCCAUCCCGCUCUCUCUCUGCACCCUACCACCGCUGCCCUUGCUGCUCCUCACACUGGGGCUACUGCUGGUGAUGCUGCGGGUGGUUCGAUUGCUGCUUGUGAUGCUGCUUCUGACGCUCCUGUGCUGUCACGGGCUGUGUUUCGAGCAAGGAGGGCGUAUCAGCAGUUGAGGCAGGUGCUCUUCUCUGGGGCGCCCACACCCGUUGUUGCUGCGGAAGCAGACAGUGCUUCGCCUCCGUCCAUUGCAGCAGCAGCUGCAGACGGCCCCAGUGCUGCAAUCACUGCUAUCACACUGCCUCAUGGUGAUGCUGGCGGGGCUAUUGCCCUGGCCAGGGUGUGGCGAGUUAAGCCUGUGACGUGCAAGGAAGAAGUGCAGGGGGCGCUGGAGGGGGGGAAGGCAGCGGAGAGAGGGGAGGAGCUGUGCCUUGUGACUGAGGAGCAAGUGCUGCGGUUUGGUGAAGGAUGGAGGGAAGGGGGAGCAGGUGGUAAGGGUGCAGUAGGAGGAGCUAGUGAUAUGGCGGUGGAUGCUGGGGAGGGGAAGGAGACUUUGGAGUUGACUCAAAAAGCAGAUGGUGUAGGUGGAGGGGGAGAAGGAGGGGAGCCGUUGGAUGGUGAAGAGGGAGGAGUGGCGAUGGAAACAGAUGUGGGCGAGGUGGUAGGGCCGGCACCAGCCACACCAGACACAGCAGCUGCAGCAGCAUCAGCAGAAGCAGAAGCGGAAGAAGCAGAACCGGUGACAGCGCCAGAAGCAGGAGCAACAGCAGGAGGGGGAGAAGGAGAAGUGCAGCCAAACAUUCUGCUCCCGUCCCCUUUCCUCCUCCGGAGCCUCCUCGCUCUCAGCCCCACUGCUCUCAAGGCACAGCUGCAGCGGGCAGUGCAGACAACUAUGCUAAGUGUGGGGAGUAGGCUAAGUGGGGGUACGAAGCCGAGUGAGGGAAGCGAGGGGCAUUAUGGAGCAGCUACACGCACUGAGAGAAGGCCUGGUCGAGAGGAUGAGGGGAGAGAGAAGCGGGAGGAGAAGGAAGGGGCGCAUGAGAGUGGAGUGUGGGUGCUGGCAGGGCGACUUGUCCAGCUGUUGGAAAGCCUCCUGGGAAUCCAGGCGUCUGGGGAGAGCCUUCUUGGCAUAAAGGCGUCUGGGGUACGCGUUUCAGGGUCAGAGGGGUCCGGGGAACGUGCUGCUGGGUCAGAGGAGCAGUGGAGAGGGAGUGUGGGGGAAGAGGGGGAGAGGAGAGGGAGUGGGGGGGAAGAGGGGGAGCAAAAAGGUAGCGAGGGGGACGAGGGGGCAGCUGGCUCACUUGCGGCAGCAGAGGAGGAGGUGAAGGCUCUGGCUGUUCUGGAAGCGCUGCUGUUCAUCGACCCCUAUGCCUCUCACCCUAGCUUCCGAUCGCUCCUCAUCCGAACCCACUGCCCUCCCCACCACCACCACCACCACCACCAGCACCAUCAACACCACCACUCGCACACACAUUAUCAACCGCUUCCUCCCCACCAGGGUCACAGCCACUGCUACAUGACCUCUCCCUCCCCCACCCUCCUCCUUCUCCCCCGUGUGCUCCAUGCCGCCUAUACUGCCCUCUCUAGUUCACACACGCCUGCCGCUGCAGCUGCCAGCCUGCUCUCCUUCCUCUGCCGGCGAGGGGCAAAAUGUGAACUCCCCGCCAUAAUCCGAGGGCAUAGUACGAACCUCCCCGCACGAGGGGGUAGAGAGGGUGAGAGGGGUGCAGCGUGUGUGGGAGACGUGUGGCGUGUGUGGUGCGUGCGGGAAUCAGCACGAUCAGCCCUUGGAUUCAUCGGAUCUGCUUUGGAGAGAAGGAGAGGCACAGUAGGCGUGACAGCAGGAGGAGGAGGAGGAGGAGGAGGAGGAGAUCUGCAGAUAGUAGGUGCAAGUGGUGGGGAUCACCGGGAAUUUCUCAUGCAAUCUCAGCCGUCCAUCUUUGCCUUCACAUCCAAGGAGGCAGCUGGGCUCGCUCAGAUCGCUGCUGCUGAGCUGGCAGCCUCGGAUUGGCUCAUCGAGCACGCUGCCUCCCAAAGAGAGGCGUCCAAGCAGCAAGAAGAGGGACGGACAGAAGGGGUGGACAGGGGAGGGGACAGGGAGCAAGGGGAAGGAGCAUGGGCCGCGUGGGGAGGUACAGGUUUAAGAGAGGGGGAGGGGGAGGGGGACGGUGAGGAGGAGGAGGAGGAGAGGAGGCAAACGGAUGACAGGGAGGUGGUGCUGGUGCAGGUGUUAACCAGAGCAGGCGGCUUCCUGGAAGCUGCUGAUGGUGAUGCUGGUGGUGGCAAGCGUGCAGGCCAGGCAAUCGUGAAUGAGCUUUGUCGGCUCACUCAGCACUGGAGGCUUCUCAACAACCGGCAGCAUUGCAACGAGACACAUCCUGUCAUGGUAGAAGCUGCAUGGAAGCUUCUCGCAGGCCUCUACUGCACCGCACCAGAUGCGCUUUCCAGGCACCUUCCCAAGCCAGAGGCGGAUUGGGAGGGGCAGGUGGCUUUUCACGCUGCCCCUGAUAGAUACGCCCGGGCAUCUGAAACUCUCUCCUCAUUGGCCCGCGCCCUCCAUCAGCUCGUUCGUUCCUGCCUGCCCGGAGCCUCCUCCGGGCAGAAAAAAGAGACUGGGACUGACCCUGUGGAAGGGGUGGGAUUGGAGAGGGCGGGUAGAGUUAAGGGAGGAGAGGGUGAGAGGGGAAGUGGGAAGGGGAGGGAGGUGGAGGAGGGGGAGGAGGAGAGGGAGAGGGAGAGGGAGAGGGAGAGGAGGACAGCAAGCACGUUGCUUUAUCUGCGGGCAAUGGCAGUGGCUCACCCGAUGCUUGUCCUCCCGCUGCUGCCCAUGCUAGCAGCUCUCCUGCAGGACCUCAUUCCUCUCGUCACAUGCACUUCCCAGCCGCUCAAGGCAGCAGCAGUCAAUGCCUUCUCUUCUGGCCUCGUGCUGCUCUCCGCCCUCCAGCCCUCCCUGCUCGCCCUCUACAAUCUCCCUCCCUCCACUGCCUCUCCAGCUGCCCCUCCAGCUACUCCCACCCAUAUUGCUUUAACCACCGCCACCUCCACCAGUACUGCCGCCACCGCCCGCCGCAGCAGCAGCAGCAGCAGCAGGGACGUGUUAGCAGUGUGCGUACAGCCAUACUUGGACCUGCUGCUGACUCUGAGGCUGAGGGACAAACCCACGGUGGUAAGACUUGUGGCUCAGCUCUCGGACUUCCUCCUCCGCUGCUGCUGCCCCUCUGACGCUGCUGCAGAUGCUGCUGCAGAGGCACAUGCCAGAAUGCACAUGGAAACUGCAGGCACGCACAUGCAGGCUCCAGGCGCAGCAGCGAGUUCAACAGCAAAUGCAGCGGCAAAUGCAGCGGCAAAUUCAGCAGCGAGUGAGCAGUCCAGUGUGAGGAGCUUUGAGCUGGUGCGGGCGCACAGGGGCAGUGCGUUGGGGCAUGCAGCGAAGCACUUUGGCAAGGUGAAGAAGCUGAAGCAGCUGCUCGCAGUGCUGGAUGCCGAAAGGGGUGAGGGGGCGGGAGCAGAGGGCACAGCACGGGGAAAGGCAGCAGCAGAGCCGGGGACAGGGGAAGGGACGGGGGCAGAGAGAGGGGAGAGAGGGGAGGAAGGCGCCCCUUCCUUUGCGAAAUGGUUGAGUCUGCGCGCAAGGCUGGUUCGCGUGCUUCACGCCUCUUCAGAUGGCUUCUCAGGACCAGAAGACGAGUGGUGGGCAGGAGAUGCAGAUGCAGCUGCUGAUGGUGCUGCUGCUGCAGGAGAGACAGCAGGAGGGGGGCAGGUGGAAGCAGUGAUGGUUGUGUUACAGGAGAUAGAAUCUGCUGCCGCUCUAGAGCCGGCUAAACUGCCCCUACUGCAGCAUGCCCUGUGUCUUGCUCUCGACCACUGCCCGUUCCCCCACUCCCCCUCCGUUUCCUCCCUUGCUUUCGCCGCUGGUGCUGCUGCUAGUGGUACACCUGCUGCUGCUGCUGGAGUAACCGGGUUACCAGCAUCUGCUGGUGGUGGGGUGAUCCAGCCGAGGGCAGAUGGGCGGAUGGUGCUGGACGUGGCGCUCAGACUGCUGGAGCGAAUGCUGCUGCAUGCAUACAGCGCCUGCGACCGCUCUCUCAUCGCCUCCUCUCUCCUGCGCCUCCUUCACUCCGUCACCCUCCACCAGCAACCAUCCCUCCUCCCCCUCCUCUCCUCCUACCUGCCGCGCCUGCUCUUCUUUUUCCCAGACCACAAGCAGCAGCUCUUGGACGCACUCAUGCACGUGCCGCCAUGCCUCUCUCUCCCUCCACCUCCUGCCAUUGCCAUUGGCUUCACCUCCACCCCUCCCCACUCUCAAGAGGCUGUAGUUGAGGCGGGCAAGGCCAGCAGCAGCUGCACUGGUGGUGGUGGUUUGCAGUGUGCCUCCACUGACCCUCUGCUCUGUACAGUGCGCUCCAUAGUGGCUGUAGAGCUGUGACUGUAGACCUUCUGCAUUGAAGUCAACAGAGCACAUUUGCAAGCUUUCUUGUCCAACUGACCUCAGGUCAACAUGGGGUGUCAUGUCAGCAGUAGAGGCAGUGCGGUACUUCGCAAAAAGUAAUACAUGUGGGUUCGCCAAACCUCUAUGCUAAAACAAUGAGUACAAUUAAUUUGCUGGUUCAACAGUACAGUUGAACCCACCCAACCAUUGCA